UCUGUAAAAUUGCUAGUAGUUUGUCUCGUAUAUUCACGCAAAGCAGUUUUGUAAUGACUAUUCAUCUGUUUGUUAUUUAGCUAAAUGUGACGAUAAUAUUUGAAUAUAAAUACAAAAUUAUACUUUUAAUAAAUGCAUUGAAUGAUCUUAAAUCUUACAUUAAAUUUACUUAGACUGUUUUGUUGUGUGAUAAAUUUUAAAACAUUGAAGGUCAUUAUGUAUUGAUCAUAAUGAUGCAACAUAAUACUAUGGAGAAUAUAAAAAAUACCACAAGUUCGCUUUUAAAAAUAAUAUCAUUAAAUGAUUUGCCAAACAUUGAAACAGACUUUACAUUGAAUAGUACAUCUGAAACAGAAACAGAAUUUUCACAGCAAAUUAAUAAUGUGCAACAAUUAUGGAGUUUACCUAAAACAACUGUGAAUUCAUUGGAAGAUAAAUCUUUAACAUUUAACAUAUCAAGGAGUACUGUACAUGUUUCUACAACAACCUUACAGUCUACUGAUGAAUUUGGACCACCAGAAGGGAUAGAAUAUAUUUUUGUACCACUUGGUGUUAUGGUCUUCGUCAUUGUAUUAUCUGCUGUGGUAUUUAUUAUAUCAAGAAAACGAAAGUUGGAGCGCUUAAGACAUAGACUAAUGCCAAUGUACAAUUUUGAUCCUGGAGAAGAAGAGGAAGAUGACUGGGAAACUGAACUAUUGGAUGAAUGUUAUAAUAAUCAUCAAAGACGAGACUAAUUUUACAGCAAGGAUACCAAUCCAUGGACAUAGAUGAUAAUGCUGAACUUUUUGGUGAUCAUUGACAAGAUAUCAAUUACUGUUUGACCAAAUUUCAUUUAUCUUUUAUGCAUUAAGAAUAUAGUUCAUUAAAAUAUGCUUGAUAUAACAGUAUUAAAUGAUGUCAAAAAAUGAAAUGCAGAUAUAUACAAAAAUAUUAUAUAACACAGUUCAUAAAAUUUAUAGUUUUUGUAAUUAACUACAUUUUUCUUGUAUCUUCUAAUGCAGCUUUUAUAGAAAACAAUGUAUUAAAGUACAAAAACAGUAUUUUAAACUUUUAUCUAUUUUAUCAUAGUAAAAAUACAACGUAAAAUUGUCUCUAACUCUAGUGCCUUUCGUUGUCUAAAAAAGCUUUAUAUUAUUUUGAAAUUUACUGAUUGUUAUUAUCAAUUACUCUCAUUAACAAAGUACUGUGAUUAUUAUCUAUUGCGAAUAACAUUGUAACCAUAUAUAUAAUUCACUCUCCUAUUUUUCCUGAUGUAACAAUUAUUACAUAAAUAUAUUCUCUGUAACAUAACAAAUUUAUAUUUAUAAAACUUAAUUUGUAUCUGUUUGUUUAACAAAUUAUAUGCAUAUAGCAAUUUUUAUACAUCCAAAAUUUUAACGAUUAUUGGGCAUGCAAAUCAUUACUGAAAUUUUAUGUUAUAUGUUUAUAAUUAAAAUACUAAUUUUUUACAUUAUAUAAUUUGUAAUUUUCAAAAUUAAUAGUAUAUAUGCAAAACGAUUCAUAUAACUACAACUAUUCGUAAGAAAUAUUUUAAACGAAAAGAUCUUCUGCAAAUCGGAGCAAGAAAAUAUUUCAUAAAAUAAAAAUCUAAUUCAAAACCAAACAUUAUAAAGAAAAGAAUUUAAGAUGACAUGUAUAAGAUAUUGUUACAAGUUUUAAAAAUAAAUUUUAUAAAAUAACAAUAAUGUAAUUGCAAGUACUUGUAAAUAUAUACUGUUCUGCAUACAAAGUACUUUAUUAAAAUUUU